UAUGUGUGAGAGAAGCAGGUGACCCUAGUGAAGGUGUAAAACGUGUCUCCCGGUUUUCUAUUAAAGCUGUGUAGUGGGUAUAUAGUCGGCUAGCUUGUAAGCUAAGAGUGGCUAAAAUGAACUACCAGAUGAACGGUUUCAUUAACAACAGCAGCUCGGUUUACAAUGAAGACUGCUUCCUCUUCUCUUCUGAGUCAGUUGGAGAAGGACACCCCGAUAAAAUCUGUGACCAAAUCAGCGAUGCCGUGUUGGAUGCACACCUCAGACAAGAUCCUGAUGCCAAAGUAGCAUGUGAAACUGUUGCCAAGACUGGGAUGAUCCUGUUGGCUGGGGAAAUCACCUCCAGGGCUAAUGUGGACUACCAGAAGGUUGUCAGGGACACAAUUAAACAUAUUGGCUAUAACGACUCUUCGAAAGGCUUUGAUUACAAGACUUGCAAUGUGCUGGUGGCUUUGGAGCAGCAGUCCCCUGACAUUGCCCAGGGCGUUCACCUGGAUCGCAAAGAGGAGGAUGUCGGAGCCGGUGAUCAGGGUCUGAUGUUUGGGUAUGCCACUGAUGAGACAGAGGAGUGCAUGCCGCUUACCAUUGUCCUGGCUCACAAGCUCAAUGCCAAGAUGGCUGAAUUGCGCAGAAAUGGAGAGCUGCCCUGGCUCCGCCCCGAUUCCAAGACUCAGGUGACUGUUCUGUACAGGCAGGAUAGAGGAGCCAUGGUACCUCUGCGCGUCCACACAAUUGUGAUCUCUGUGCAACACGAUGAGGCCGUAGGUUUGGAUGAGAUGCGUUGCUCUCUGAAGGAGCGGGUGGUGAAAGCCGUGGUUCCCAGCGGGUUUCUUGACGAUGAGACAAUCUACCACCUGCAGCCCAGUGGGCGCUUUGUCAUUGGAGGACCACAGGGUGAUGCUGGACUGACCGGGCGUAAGAUUAUUGUCGAUACUUACGGGGGUUGGGGAGCCCAUGGCGGUGGAGCUUUUUCUGGGAAGGACUACACAAAGGUAGACCGCUCUGCAGCCUACGCUGCCCGUUGGGUGGCCAAAUCUCUAGUAAAAGCUGGGCUCUGCAAGCGUGUCUUGGUCCAGGUAUCCUAUGCCAUUGGUGUUUCCCAUCCCCUCUCUGUCUCAAUCUUCCACUACGGGACCUCCCAGAAGAGUGAAAGGGAGCUGCUGGACAUUGUGAACAAGAACUUUGACCUCCGUCCAGGAGUUAUUGUCAGGGAUCUUGACCUGAAGAAGCCCAUCUACCAGCACACAGCAGCUUACGGUCACUUUGGUCGUGACGUCUUUUCAUGGGAGGUGCCAAAGAAGCUGAUGUACUGAACACCCCCCUCCUGUUUAAUGGGCCUUGUGUCUGUCAUCCUUCUUCCAGUCUUCUCCCUUUUUAAAAUUCGUCCUCUCACAAACAGCCACACUUUGACAGCCUUUGCUACAUACAAAAUGCCCUUUAUCCACAUGUUGGUACACAUCCCUGCAGAGAAAAAAAAUGGCUAUUUCAGUUCAGUUGCCAAGACCAGAGUUUAAGCGCUGCGGCCAGAUUCAAAUAAUUUCUGGUGCAUUUCUUUUUAUUUUGCAUAAUUAAUGGCGAUCAUGUUUCCUGGCACACCUAUGGAAAGAGUGCACUGAUUUGUAUGUCAGCAAAUCUGGUAUUAUUGACACCUCCAUAUUAAAACCAUACUUGCAUACAGUAAUGAAAACACUUCUAGUAUUCCACAACCUUCAAAUUCAGAAUCUCACUGCAGUGUAGUUUUAGAAGUGAUCAGUGGAAAUGUUUUGUCUAACUUGACGGUAACUACACAGUACAGAAACGUCUUCUAUUCCACUUGCACUCCUUUUUUUAAAAAAAAAAAAAAAAUGUAUAUUUUUUUUUAUAAACCUCUUGAUGGCAAAGAUGGGUCAAACGCUACAGUUUUCUAUUUAUUUCUAUUUUUGUUUGUGCUGUCCCUUCAGGCCAGUGUUUUCUGACGUUUUACAGAGAAGUCAGAAGCUGCUAUGAUCUCGUGGUUAUGUUGGGCUGUACCUCGAUUUAUUUUGUAGGCUUUAAAACCAUGUGAAUGUUACAAAUGAUGUUAAAUGUGUCAACGUUCUGCUGACCAAGAUGAAGGCACAGUACUUGGCAUUACCGAGACAGAGUCUGGGUGUAUUACAGAGAAACCUGGGCUCCGUCACCUCUAAGCAGGGGCUGCCUUUAUCUCAUGGAAACACCGUACUUAAAUAUUUUAUGAUGGUGUUUGAAUGUGGGACCUAAGUUUGACUAGCAAGGAGGGACAACUGAAUGUUUGUCAAGUCGAUUUUAUUUUUUAAAUUCUGAAAACUUUUCCCAAUCUUGUUGCCUAUCCUGGUUUGUCCCGCCUGAACUCAAUGGGAAAGUGGAACAUGAAGAGUAAAGCUACAUCACAAAGAUGUGAGCACCGCACAGCUUCAGUUAGUAGUUUUAAGGUUACCUAAAACGCAUAUUGCAUGUACAGAUGCUGUUAAUCGAAUGCAGAAGUUGUAAAAGAAGCUUUUCUUUUAAAAUAUUUGUUUUUAAAGCGAUGUAUUCAUAUUUAAUGCCAUACAUUGUGGGCUAUGAUUGUGACAAAUCAAAUGUUUCCAUGAGAAACUGUUCUGAGAUAACUGCUGUUCUUUUAAAGAGACUGAUACACUUUUUUGCUAAAACUCUAGAUUGUUCAUGUAUGUGUGAUUGUCAGACCCUGGCUAGAUUCAAACCUGAGGCUUUUAUGGAGUUUUUGCCUUUAAAUGCUUUUCCUGUUGCACUUCUCACCUAAAUGCUGAUUCAACUCAGGCUUGCAGCAUUUGGAUGUUCCUGUGUUGGUUAUUGGCAGGUUUAAAAUAUGCCUGCAUCAUGCAGCUAGAUGGUGCUGUGUUCCCCAAAAUUAUAGUGAAGUAGGUUUUUAGUCUGACUCCUGUAGCACCACCUUGUGGCUCGUUGCAUGUACUACAGAUUUAAAUUGCUCCUACAAAUCUGGCAAACAUGUCUGAAAGAGGGUUAAUGUUCCCCUCACCUUUGUUCAGACACUCCCACAAUAGUUACGGUCAUCCUGCAGGCUUUAUAUCUGGCAUUUGUGCAAAAGACUACUUGCGCUUAUUGACAUCUGCACCCUCACACACAACCUCUGACAGAGGGAGGGAGAGAUCAGUUGUAGACGACUGUUUUAAUCUUGCCGCCGAGUGGAAGAGUUGGUGGGAUAACUUGCCAUGUCCAGUGUAUUUAUUUCUAGGUUGCUGUCUUGUGAGUUGAGCAACCCACAGAGAUGCAGGUGUCGCAUUUAUGUGACUGCGUUCAUUCAGACUUGGCGCAUGCUUAAAGUGAUAUAUUAAUGUUGCAGUGUUUGGUAAGAUUUUAUUUUUUCAUCGUGCUCCUUCAGGCAUGCAGCAAACGCAUCAGGAUGCAAUCACAAUAACAGGAUGCUGUGGCUGACGGGCUAAUGUCACACUGGUUAUUUAAGGAACCUACUUUUUAAACUUUGUCUCCUCUCGCUCAUCCACAGAUGGAGAAAAUAGUAGUUGGUGUUGUACAGAGAAACCAGCCUGUUUACAUGUCUCCUGUGGAUGAUGUGUUUGAGGAGCACUCCCUCCCUUGUUCAGUUUUUGUUUUUUAAAAUCAUUUAAGUCUGCCAGCAGUUGCUAAACAUGGGGGGUAAAAAAAAAAAAGAAAAAAAAAGUGCCUUUUCUCCUCUUGCAAAUUUCCUCUUCCCCUACCUCAAAGUACACAACUUACCAUUUUGACCCUGACAACCCCAAGGCUAGUUUCCGUCUUUGGCGUUUCCGAGUGUGAUUUGUUGUUGACUUUCUCUUAAACUGUUGAAAUAAAAUGCACCCUUGCUUUGUGCUUACAGGCUGUGCUUGUUUUAUGUGAAGGGCUAACUUCAACAUCUUUAAACUGUGCUGCUGUAGAUGAUACUUUCAUGUUUUUAAAUAAAGCAGAAGUGAUCCUGUCUGCGAGGUGGUAAAGACGAA